AUGUCUUCUAAUUACCGCAACUUCCGAAACAGUGUGCCGUGGCUAAUCCUUUUUCUGGAAGCUGUUUUCAUCGUUCCCUUUUACUUUUUGCACUCAGAUGAUCUUGCAUUCAUAUCAGACUUCAACCCAGCUUUUCAAGAUGUCAGCCACAUGGUGGUUUUUGGAUUCGGCUUUUUCCUGACGUUUCUGAGAAGAUAUGGGUUUAGCAGCACUGGAUUCAACCUCCUGAUCGUUGUACUUGGUGUCCAAUGCUCUGUGCUGAUAGAAGAUUUAUUAAUUUUACUUCUUCAAAAGGAAGAUGAAGGUGUUCCGGAAAGAAUAACAAGGGCUGCUGUGAGUGUGACUGCUGUGGUCAUCUCUACUGGAGCUGUUCUUGGGAAGGCUAAUCCUGUGCAAUUAAUUCUGAUGACAGUUGUGGAGAUAAUAGUUUUCCAUGUGAGCAAAUGGAUCAACAACACAUUCCUGCAGGUUUCAGACAGUAUCAGCAUGAUGCACGUUCACCUGUUUGGAGCCUACUUUGGUCUGGCAGUCUCCUCACGUUUCUCUGAGCCAUCACCAAGGUCCGAGAAGAACGCGAGUACCCCGAAGUCAGAUUUAUUGUCAGUGUUGGGUACUCUCUUUCUCUGGGUAUUCUGGCCAAGCUUCAAUUCCAUACUAGCUAUGAACAAGAACAAAGCAAUCUACAACACCUACUUUGCCCUUGCAGUGAGUGCUGUAACUGCCUUCAUGUUGUCUGUUCUGACCACAAAGGAUGGAAGAUUCAGAAUGACUCAUAUCCGCAGUGCAGUGCUAGCUGCUGGGGUCACGGUUGGUAGUGCAGCACACUGUAUCGAGUACCCUUGGAUUGCCAUGAUUUUGGGUCUGCUUGCCAGUGUGACAACCAUAUUAGGAUCUUACUGUCUACAGAGGUGCUUCAAUCCUGUUCUCAAGAUUCAUGAUACCUCUGGAGUUCAUUUCACUUUUGGCUUGCCUGCUGUGCUCGGAGCUCUUGCCCAGGUCGUUCUCUUAGUAAUAAGAAACUGGACUGAUUUACCAAGGGUGGAUUAUUUGGUCUUGCUUCACGUUGGUGCCUACUGCCAGACCAUCAGUGUUGCCUUGGUAACAGGUUUUAUCACAGGUCUAAUCUUAAACUUCAGACUGUUUAAGACCACCCCUGUAUCGAAGUACUUUGAUGACCAGUUUUACUGGGAGGCUCCCCGUUUGGCUGUCGGAUUUUGA